CAUUGCGAUCGAAACCUACCGACUUUGUUCUUUGGCCUAACUUUUCUUCAGCAUCCUCGUACUGUCUAUUUCAACCAAACGCCAAUAGACAGUACAAGUAAAUAUUUUUAUUAGAACGUUGUUGUUAACUCCAGUGAGAAACAUUUUCACGACAGUGUUUCUUGGUCCUUGGUAUCUGAAUGCUCUUGUCACUGUGAAAAUACGGCUAUAUGCCUAUGUCAUUUAACUAUGAGUAUAGGUUAUUCUAGCUAAAUUUUCUAGAGAAAUUGCCGUGGUUUUUCUAAGUCUCCCGUGACCCCAUUCUGAGGGCCUCGAAAUAUCUAGGUCCUAGGAUCUACGGUCAGCCCUAAAAUGAUUUAUGGUUGAUCAUACUUUGCUCCCGAUGCGGGGAAUGACCCUAAGUACUCCGCGAUGCCGACUCCAUUGUGCCAUGCUGUGUCGGCACUUGAUAGAGGAGGGGACUUGCUCGAUUUCAGCAGCUAUCGCUCAAAUGCGGAACCCAAUAACCCGGGUCGGUAAGUAUUGGCCUAACACGACUUAUAUCUAAUGAGUGUCCACCUUUAGGGGUUAUAGAUUUAUAUCGAUUCAAAUCUGUCAUUGACAAAUCACGAUCAAUAUCUACUCUGUCAUAAACGUUGCUCUAUCUACUUGGAAGAGAAAUCUUAUUCCAACAUGGACAAUUUUGAGUAUACCUCUAGUCCCGCCCGUGUUAUCUUCGGCAGUGGCACCAUCCAAAAUGUGCCUGCAGAGCUUAUGAGAGCCAAUGUGUCUAUGCCGUUUCUUCUCAGCACACCUCAGCAAGUGAGUCAUAUCGACUUGCUCAAGAAUGUCCUUGGUGCUACUGUUUCCGGGGUGUUCACCGAGGCUACAAUGCAUACGCCAGUAGAGGUUACCGAAAGGGCACUCGAACAGAUUAAAUCUUCAGGGGCCGACUCCAUCAUUUCCAUCGGAGGUGGGAGUACCGUCGGGUUGGGCAAAGCUCUUAGCAUUCGAACAGGUCUUUUUCACUUGACAAUUCCGACGACAUACGCGGGCAGUGAGGUAACGCCUAUCCUAGGCGAGACCGAUGCUGGGAGAAAGACGACAAGAUCCGAUCCAAAGAUCUUGCCGAAUACUGUUGUAUAUGAUGUCGACCUUACGAUGACCCUCCCAGUUAGUCUUACCGCUACCAGUGGUGUUAAUGCUAUUGCGCAUGCUGUCGAGGCUUUGUACGCUCGCAACACCAACCCGGUCAUCAAUUUACUUGCACAGGAGGGAGUGAAAGCUCUCGCUAGUUCCCUCCCCAUUUUAAUUUCCGAUCCAGCAUCGCAAACAGCCCGCUCGUCUGCGCUAUACGGCGCAUGGCUUUGCGGAGCUUGUCUCGGCAGCGUGGGAAUGUCCAUCCAUCACAAGCUCUGCCAUACUUUAGGAGGCAGCUUCAACCUUCCGCACUCAGAGACUCAUACGAUAGUUCUACCUCACGCACUAUCAUACAAUGCACCAAAGGUUCCUGCCGCAAUGGAGGCUCUAGCAGCGGCAUUGCCCGAGAGCGAAGGCGACGCAACGAAAGGGUUGAACAUUCUCUUACAGAAGCUAAAAGUUGAAAGGGGACUGAAGGCGCUGGGCAUGCAAGAAAGCGAUAUCGACAAGGCAGCAGAUAUUGCCGUGAGCAACCCAUAUUGGAAUCCUCGUCCUAUUGAAAGAGGUCCAAUAAGAGAGUUAAUCCGCAGGGCUUGGGCUGGAGAAGAGGCGAGAGCUGAUUUGUAAUUUCAUCCGUAUUCUAGAGGCAUAUUAAGUUCCUUAUUUGUAAAUUGAAAGACAUUCGGUCUUUUCA